ACGACAGGGGGCAGUAUAGCCAAAGUAAAAUGCUUCCUUCCUUUCUUAAACGUCAUUUCCGGCCUGAUUCAGCGUGGCGUGUGGUGGAAAGCAGCGAGUUAGCAUACUAGCAUAGUUAAAGGUAAAUAUAAACUUAAAAUUUGUUUCUGAAUGAACUAUAACUUACAUCAGCUCGUGUCUUCAUAGAACGAUGGCAGCUGAUGGCAAAACGGACGAUUACCCUUACGAGAUAGAUGAGCAGCUGAAAGGGUUCGAUUCGUCUGUUUCUACUGUUAAAACCAUGUUGGACAAACUGAUGUCAGUACCCAGGAGUGAUCAACUGCAAAAGCUGGACCCUCUGGACCAAGCCAAGCUGGAUCUAAUGUCGGUUUACACCCUCAAUUCUUUAUUCUGGAUGUACUUGGUAACACAAGGUGUCAAUCCCAGAGAUCAUGGAGUCAAACAGGAACUUGAACGUAUAAGGACAUACAUGAACAGAGUGAAGGAGAUCACGGACAAGAAGAAAGCGGCUCGUCUGGAUAAAGGAGCCGCCGGCCGCUUUCUAAGGAAUGCCCUCUAUGAUCCGAAUGAGAAAGGCUCCAGGAAAAAAGCAGCAGCAGCGUCCAACAAAACCUCAGAUGCGACACCAUUGAAGCGUGCAAAGAAGAGAUGAGACAUCACCGCUAUUGAUUAAUUUGAUGUACAGCUGCGCCAAAAUAUAACAAUGUAAAAUAUCAUAGUAAUAGUUUUGUUAAAUGACCUCAAAAGCAAGCUUUUGGAAAGCUGUGAUGAUUUAAAUUUCAAAUGUUUAUUAGUAUGUAGUAAGUUUUAAAACUAGUCCUAGUAAGUUUUAAAAUUAGUUGUAAUCUGUGUAAUCUUAAUGCUAUUUUUUUCUGAUGUCCAAAUGAGAAAUGAUAUGAUUUCUCUGUUAUUAAAGUGAUUCUGUGAAUCCAUUUUUUUUUUUUUUUUUGCUGUGGUCAUACCUAAAUUCAGGGAGACCUACAA